CUCAUCUACUCUGUUCUUUGUUUUUUGCCCGUUAAACUCCUGCCUCUAUUUAACACGUCCAAUUAGGCAAGUUAAAUUUUGUGUCAUACAUCAAACUCUAUUUUUUUUUUUUUUUUUGUUUCAUUUGGAACAAGAGUUUCUAGGCAAUAUCGGCAAGAACAAGUUGUGUUUCAAUGGACAAUAGUAUUUUGGGUCUUCUCAAAGUUCGAAUUAAAAAGGGUGUUAAUCUUGCAAUUCGUGAUGCAAUUAAAAGAGGUGCUAGCGAUCCUUAUGUGGUUGUCAGCGUGGGUGAACAGAAAAUGAAGACUCAUGUGGUAAAAAACAACUGCAAUCCUGAGUGGGAUGAAAAUUUGACCCUAUCUAUAAAGGAUGUUAAAACUCCAAUACACCUUAAUGUUUAUGACAAAGACACUUUCUCUGGAGAUGAUAGAAUGGGUGAGGCAGAUAUAGACUUAAAACCAUAUGUUGAGUGUCUGCAGAUGGAGUUGAACAAGCUAAUUCAACAAAGAAAUGGUUUUUCAAUCAAGAGGAUACAACCAGAUGAAACUAAUUGCCUUGCUGAAGAGAGCAAUUGUAUUUGGCAAGAUGGAAAUAUUAUCCAAGAAAUGGUUUUGAGAUUGAAAAAUGUUGAGACUGGGGAAUUAUAUGUGGAAAUUGAGUGGAUUGAUGUUAUUGGUUGCAAGGGCUUAUCACAAGUAGAACUUUAAGUGUGUUUCCAUCCUUAACGUUAUAUGAAGUAUUGAAUUUUAGAAUUCUCAUGCAAU